AUGCUACCUUUGAACCUUCGAACGCGUUACGAACUAGCUAUGCGCAUGCUAUCAACCAUCCGAAAAUUCUCAAAAGCCUGCAAGGCGCCUCUUUCUAUAAGCUGUCGCGGCAUACCCAUCACCCGCGAAGAGGAUCUUUUCGCGUACACGAAUGGCCAUUUUCUUAUCAACGAAGAAUUCCAACGUAGCCGACGAUAUGUCCAGUUCGAUCUGGAUGCUCUUUGCAAGAAUGCUGCCACAGCUGGCGGGGGGGAUACAAGCCCGAUCGUUGCUAUUGAGAAAAUGGAAGGGGGUUUCAGCAAAGCUUUCUUGAUGCGGAAAGCGAAUGGAGCGGAAGUAAUAGCUAAAAUUCCGUGUCGUAUUGCUGGGCCACCUUCUUUGACAACAGCUAGCGAAGUAGGAGUUUUGGAAUAUGUUAGGAGACAUACAAGUAUUCCCGUUCCUCGUGUCCUUUCCUGGUCAUCGGAUGCCUCAAAUGCUGUUGGCUCCGAGUAUACAAUCAUGACAAAAGCUACCGGGGUCCCUCUAUUUCAACAAUGGGGCAAUAUGAGCGAGUUUGAAAAACUGCAGCUGAUUAAGAACCUUACAAAACUCGAGGCUCAACUGUCUGCUAUACAAUUUCCGGCGUACGGAGGAUUGUAUCUUCGGACAGAUAGCAUGACAGAGCCAACUCGGCCUCUCAAUGAUGACAUUGAUCCUUCUAAUUCAUUCCAAAUUGGGCCUUCUUGCGAUCGUGCAUACAAUCCCGCUGAUAUGACUCUGGAGUUUAACCGAGGGCCUUGGGAUUCGGUUUCAAGCCUUGGAGUAUCCAUUGCACAGCGAGAAUUGAUUCAAAUAUCAAAUAGAGAACAACAACAAUAUCAGUCAAGUUUCCCCAAAGGCACCGUCGAUCAACAAAUCCAGCUCUUGCAAACCACAAUCGGCCUCAUGAAGCUCUUGGACUCAAAUCCCUUACUAAAAGCAGAAGUUCGCCAGCCUACAUUGUGGCACACUGACCUUCAUAUGGGAAACAUUUUUGUCGCACCGGACGAGUCUUCAAGAAUCGUUUCGCUCAUCGAUUUUCAAUCAACUUCUGUGCUUCCUGCUUUCCUUCAGGCUCAGUGGCCGGUGUUUCUCAGGCCUCCGCAAAACUACAACUACAUAAAAGGAAUAUUUCAACCAAAACUCCCUGCAUAUUUCGACACACUUGACGAAGAAAGUAAAAACAUUGCGUUGCGUGAAUGGUCUCAAGUAAAACUGACCAAGGCCUAUGAAGUUUCUACUUUCCUUGAUGACAGAGCUGCCUCCAAUGCUAUGAACGAUGUACCGCGUGUCUUUCGGGAACUAUUCACUCGCUGUGCAGAAGUUUCCGAAGUGGGUAUUGUCCCCCUUCGUGCGUGUUUGAUAGAAAUUUACCAGAGUUGGUCAGAGCUUGGGUUUUCUGGGAAAUGCCCGUAUUCAUUCAGUCAAGGAGAAAUUGACGAGCAUGAACGCCAGUUUGCUGAAUAUGAAGCUUGGCAUGAGGUUAGAGCCCUUGCUGAGGAGUGCCUCGAUACUGAUGCUGAAGGGUGGAUUGCGCCACAACUGGAUAUAAAUGAGAAGAAAGGGCAAAAUGAGGAGCUAAUGGCCAUGUACAUUGAAAAGGUUGCCGGUGAGAGAUCUGUGCAAGAGGCCAAGGCUAUGUGGCCGUUCUACUGA